AGGCUUAUACAGCGUUGUUCAAUAACUCAUUAUUACUUCUAUUCGCGAUUCAGAUUCACUAGAGACGCUGGUGUAAUUUACAAAUUGUGUGUACAGGUGGUAGCGGUUUGUAAACAAUUUUGAUGGACCCAAUAGUUAACUAGUUUUACUCUUGGUCCAAGUAAAAACCUCUCGAAAAACCCAUUAAAUUUUGAGUACCAAGCUUGAAGAGCCCUUCCAUUCAAAAGUUAUGGUGUACACAGACAAACAGGUGCCGAAAAACAUGAUUGCAAGGAUCUGUUGGGUCCUAUACAAACUCGGUAAACACAUGGCAUAAAAUUGUCAUUUAUUUUAUUUAAAUAUAUACCCAUAUAACACAAACAUUCUAAGCGUAUUUUAAAUUUAAUAAAAUUGAAGAAAAUGUAUACAAUUAAAAACGUUUUUCUAAAAUGUUCUCAGGAGGGCUAAUUUUUAAUUCUAUUGCAAGAACAUUUUUACACCUUACUUGAAGGCGAGAAUGAAUCAAUGAAAAACACGUGUGAACUGGAGGCGUGGGAGCACUCACUCGCCGUUUAGAGAAAACAUUGACAACAUGUACAGGGUGUCGCAAUUUGACCGAUCUUAUGUACCAUCAAAGUAACGAGUCAAAGUCAAAUGUAACGAGGUCUUGCAAAAAGUAAUUAGGCAAUAUGUUUCUUGGUUAAAAUGAGUAAGUCGUUUCCAAUUACAUUCCCAUGACAAAGUUUUUCCUCUCGGGGAUAUCAGUUGGAACCGACGUUGGAACAUAUACUUACAAAUUGAAAUGCUUAUUGUUCGUAAACGGUUUAAGAGAGACAUAAUGCGAUCGCGGUGUUAUUUUAAUUGUCUACGAUUUAUGUUCUUUGAAUUUCUUUGAUCUCUUUAGAUUUUUCUUGUGUUUUCAAUCAAAUGCGCGGGAUCAUGAUUUCCGUAAGAAAACAGCCUAAGGCCGUAAGCGGAAAUUUGAAGUCUCUCUACAUUCAAUCGACCCCAAUUUGUAAUUGAGACUAUGGUAGUGUUUGUGACGUCAGCACAAACCACUCUUGUGGUUUCAAGUACACAAUUUGCACUAUCUGAAUAAAUAUGCCUGUUCACUUUCACCAAAUCAAGUGCCAAAAUGAGUCAAGAUUAAAUUAACAAAGAACAAUGACACCUUGUUAUCAUUUUGAACGAUUGCUUGCGUGAAUCAUGGCGCUUACUAAGUGUCAUGUAAAGCUACUAUUUACAUCAUUUGCAUCACUGAUAUCAUAAGUUUUUAUAAUGCAAUUAUUGAAGAUACUUCGACCAGGAAAGAGAGUAAGAGUUGCACAAUUUUAAACUAAUAACACACAACAAUGACACAAAAUUGCACAACAUUGUAAAAUGGUUGCAAAAGUUAUACUUGGGUUGGGUAUAAACAGACCAAAUAGAAGUGGAGGGGUUCAGUUCUGAACUUGUGAUCAAGCGAGAACAAACUGCAAAUAAAUAGUUUUUACUACUAGGCAUUGAUGAUCAUGCUUAGCACAAUAGCAAGUUACUUACUGGGAUCAUCGAUAAAUCAACAAACGAGUCAACAAAUUAGUUCAAAUGAUGCAAUUCGGGAAGAAAGUGUGAGAAUAGACGAUAACGAAUGGAUUGUAGUGGACACAAGUUCAAGCGGUACAAAGACGGAUUCGCCAAUUGUCAGAUCGAGGCAUAAUUCAUGGAACGAGAGCUCGAACGAGAGUGACUAUGAUUAUGACUCGGAUAUAUUACCCGAAUCUGAAAAUAAAUUAGACGACAUAGAGGAGCGAGUAGAAACGGCUCAAUGUCGCAAAGAGUGCAGAGUGCUUAAGCAUAAGAAGGGUCGUCAGGCUUCGCAUGGAAUGAAGCUGUGCAUCAGACGAUAAUUAACACUUCACCUCAGGGAGAGGAUUAAUGAUAAUGGAGGAUAAUUAUGCAAUUAUUUUGCAUUGUUUCGUUUUUGUUUAAAAUGGUAUUAAGUUGGCUGUGAUAACUAUAUUGUACAUUCCAUCGGUCAGUUAUAAAAGUUCCAAAAUGA